AUGGCCGACGACAACCUCGACUACGUCGUCCUCGUGCCCUACAAUGGCACCACGGCGCAGGGCGCCAACCCGCUCGACUUUGACGUCAACGUCUGGUACGAGGCCGGCGACAUUGCCUGGAUCCUCACCUCGACCGCCCUCGUCCUCCUCAUGAUCCCCGGCGUCGGCUUCUUCUACUCGGGCCUCGCUCGCCGCAAGUCCGCCCUCUCCCUCAUCUGGCUCUCCGUCAUGGCCGCCGGCGUCACUUGCUUCCAGUGGUUCUUCUGGGGCUACUCCCUCACCUUCUCCCACACCGCGGGGCCCUACAUUGGCAACCUCGACAACUUUGCCCUCAUUAACGUCCUCGCCCGCCCCUCGGUCGGCUCCGAGCGCAUCCCCGACCUGCUCUUCGCCGUCUACCAGGGCAUGUUCUCCGCCCUCACCGUCGCCCUCGCCACCGGCGCCGUCGCCGAGCGCGGCCGCAUGCUGCCCUGCGUCGUCUUCAUGUUCAUCUGGGCCACCGUCAUCUACGACCCCAUUGCCUGCUGGACAUGGAACCCGUCCGGCUGGUCCAACCGCAUGGGUGGCCUCGACUUUGCCGGCGGCACCCCCGUCCACAUCGCCUCCGGCUCCGCCGCCCUCGCCUACUCCAUGAUGCUCGGCAAGCGCCGCGGCCACGGCACCCACGAGCUCAACUAUCGCCCCCACAACGUCACGCACAUUGUCGUCGGCACCGUCUUCCUCUGGGUUGGCUGGUUCGGCUUCAACGCCGGCUCCGCCCUCUCCGCCAACCUGCGCGCCGUCCUCGCCGCCGUCAACACCAACCUCGCCGCCUGCGUCGGCGGCAUGACCUGGUGCCUCCUCGACUUCCGCCUCGAGAAGAAGUGGUCCACCGUCGGCUUCUGCUCCGGCGUCGUCGCCGGCCUCGUCUCCAUCACACCCGGCUCCGGCUUCGUGCCCCCCUGGUCCGCCGUCCUCUUUGGCUUCUUUGGCGCCUCCUUCUCCAACUACGCCACCAAGCUCAAGUUCCUCCUCCGCGUCGACGACGCCCUCGACAUCUUCGCCGUCCACGGCGUCGGCGGCCUCGUCGGCAACCUCCUCACCGCCUUCUUUGCCGCCGACUACGUCGCUGCCCUCGACGGCGUCACCCGCAUCGAGGGCGGCUGGCUCAACCACCACUGGAUCCAGCUCGCCCACCAGCUCGCCGACUCGGUGGCCGGCGGCGCCUACUCCUUUGUCGGCACCGCCCUCAUUCUUUUCGUCCUCAACCUGAUUCCGGGCCUGCGCAUCCGCGCCUCCGAGGACUCUGAGAUUCUGGGCAUGGACGACACCGAGAUUGGCGAGUUUGCCUAUGACUACGUCGAGCUCACCCGCGAGGUCCUCAAUGACGUCGACCACGAGGCUGGCAGUCGCUAUUCGGCCGACCCCGCCGCCUUUCAUCACAUGGAGAAGCACAACAUGCAGCUCAUGGGACUGGGCCCGGGGUUGGGGCCUGGGCCGGCAGGGCCCAAUAUGUACGCUGCCAACGGGGGGCCGUCAGGCAUGGCGGGGCAUGCCAUGUGA